AAGUUACACUUGUCGGCCUUUCCUGACUGGAGUCAGCCACGUAUUGCUGUUAUGUGCUUAUCUGUCACGCACACGAACUGCUGAGACGCCUAUGAAUACGCACAUGAGACGCGCGCGGGUGAGAGUCACUGAGAGAGAAAUAACAUGGCAAAGAGCAAGGACGAUAUCAAGCAUGGGACUGCGCAGGCGAGGCUGAACGAAGAUGAAGCCGUGAGGGUGAGUUACAAGCACGGCACUCCACUUGAAGGUGGGAAGAUUGCAGACUCUGAACCUGUUGAUUUCUUUCCCAGCUCCCGAACUAUCUCCAAGGCCACUCCUGCUCCUAAUCAAUGUGAUUCUACCAACCAACCUCAGCAAGAUCGUGGCCCUGGACAUGCAGCAGACAGUGCAGGAAAUACCAAGGAUUCCACCACCAUCAACACCAGUGGAAACAUGUCUAAAAAGACACCGCCUACACUUCAACAUGGAUGAAGAGCGAUCUGUCAUUAGAUUGCCCAUGCACUAUUAGAGUUUUGUAACUCGUUAAGUUUUGAUGAAUUUGAAGCCAAAAGCUUGUCAGAAAGUACUAUGCCAUGUUUCCCGCAGCUGUACUAAUCCGAAUAUGCAUAAGAUAAUUUACGAAGGUAA